AUGUGCGGGCCAGCUCCCCCGCGGUGGCCGGACCGGCUGCCCUGUGCCGCGGGGGCUGCGGGGGGAGCGGGGCCCGGCCCGACCCCUCCGCCCCCCGGCGGCGAUGCCCGCCCGGGCCGGGGGCCGGGCGGCGGGCCACUGCCGCGCCCCGACGGCCCCGGCAUGGACGCGCCCGGCCAGCGCCCCGCCAGCCCCCGAGCCGGCCCGGAGGGCGCGGCGGCCGAGCGGGACCCCGGCACAAACCCGAGCCCCAACCCCGGCCCGGAGGCGCCCAUCCAGGAGGAGAGGGAGGCGGCGUACGUGGAGAUCCGCGGCUCGCCGCAGGAGAGCCGCCAGAAGCCCGAACUGGCCCCGGCCGGCGGCGCGGAGGGAGCGCCCGGUCCCGCACCGGACAGCGGAGCCGGUGGGACCGGGGAUGGCGACUCGGCGAGCGGCGGACCCCCGGGGGAAAAAGCGGAGCCAGCAUCCUUGGAGCACGGGCGGGAUCGCCCUCCUUCCCCGGCGGCGGCGGAAUGCGGCGCUGACAGCGGCCCCGGCUCCGUGGAAGCGGCGCGGAGCGGCGGGACGCCGGAGGCGGGGGGCUGCCCGGAGUCCUCCUCCUCCUCCUGCCCUUCGCCCGCGACCAAGGCGGACGGCUUUCCCGCGAUGGGCGACCCGGUGUCGACGGAGGGCAAAACCUCCUCGUCGUCCUUCGGCUACGAGAGCGAAGUGGAGGAUGAGGUCGCGGGGCGCAAGGCGACUCCCCCCGGCGCCCCCCCGGGCACCCCUCCCGGCGGCGGCCGCGACGAGGCGCACUAUAUCAGCACGCAGGAGAUCCAGCUCAGCGAGGUGGACCACGACAUGGACUUCGACGCGGGGCUGGCCGCCCGCUGGGACUUCGAGGAUAACAACGUGAUCUACUCCUUCGUUGACUACGCCUCCUUCGGGAGCGACGAGACCCCGGGAGACACGCUGACGGAGGAGGAGGAGAAUAGCUGCUACCUUAGCACGACCACCAGCGACCCCAACAACCAGACGGACAGCAUCGACAACACCAGCAGCACCGAGAUCGUCAGCCUUACCUCCGAACACGACACCCCCGGCGGGGACAAGCGCGCCAGCUCGGGGGAAAGCCGGUCCAAGCAGCCCGGCCGCCCCGGCGGGAGCCCGGGCGCCCAGCUUCUCCUAUCAAUCAAAGCCGCUUCCCGGGCUAUAAAUGAGUCUAGCAACGUGCACGGAAAGCAAAACACUGUUUACGCUGCCAAGCAUGAAGGCGACAUGAGUCUCCGUGUCGCCGCGGCUCCCGACCGCAGUGCGAGUUUAAAACAGGAUGCGGUCCGCGACCACGCGAAAAAGUUCAUCGCGGUGCCGGCGCGGCUGCAGACGCGCUGCGGGGCCGCCAGGGCAGGGGAGCACUCGAGCGGCGCCUCCAGCGCCGUCAGCGAGCUGGACGAUGCCGACAAAGAGGUGCGAAACCUUACGGCCAGGGCUUUCCGCAGCCUGGCGUACCCCUAUUUCGACACCCUGCGCCCCGGCUCCCGUGCCUCCUCCGCCUCCCUGUCCGACAAUGCCCUGGGCAUCAACCGCUGGUCCACCUACCUGGACCUCAAGUGCGGCAGCCUGGGGCCGAGAGCCGAGCCCAGCCUGCUGCGCUCCGGCCGCUCGCAGACCAAAGCCCUCGAGUUCGUGGUCAGCAAGCUGGACGGGGAGAUCGCCCACGUGGAAUCGCCGCGGCGGCUGCGGGCGGGCUCCCGGGUGGUGACCCUGCUGGACCUCGGCGAUGCCGCCGAGGCCGGGGAGCCGCCGGCGGCGGAGGGCGGCGGGAAGGGGUCCAGCAAGAAGUCCAGGUUCGCCUCCAGCCUCCUCAAAAACGUCAUCUCCAAGAAAAUGCAGCUGGAGCACGAGUUCAAGAUGGAGCGGGGCGAGAUCACCGACACCUCCUACACCGGGCCGGGCGCGGGCCGGGAGCCCGAACCCAGCGGCGGCAGCGGCGGCCGGGAGCGGCUUCGGGAGGGUGGCGUGCAGCGGCAGAACUCCCGGCACUCGGAGGGCGGCUCGGACUGCGCCGCGGCGGCGGCCGAGGAUGCGGGCGAGGGCGGCGGGGGCCGCUCCCCGGCCUCCAAGGCGUCGACGCCCCGCGAGGGGAACCGCAGCCUGGACCGGGCGCUCUCGGAGGAGCUGUGCGAGGUGAAGCGCAGCGCCUCGGAGGCCAUCAAGGCCACCUUCCUCCGCAGCCAGAACAGCGCCUUCAGGUCCUGGAAGGAGAGGGAGGCGGAAAGGAAGGAGGAGAGGGCGCCCGUCGGUAAGCUGAAACUUUCUCCCAAGAACGACUGGCGAGCCGACCUGGGCGAGAUCUCUGCCGGCAAGUCCACCAAGAUGUCCCGCCUGUUCGUCCCCGCCAUUCAGCACACUCCUCGGGAGAAGGAUCCCGGCAAGAGGGCGACCAAGUGCUCCGCCGCGGCCGCCGCCGUGUCCUCGGCCGCCGCCGCCCCCUCGCCCCCCAAGCCCAAAGCCCCCGAGAUCAAGAUCAGCCUGGGCAGCCUGCAGCAGCCCCGGGACGCCGCUUUCAGCAUCGCCCAGCUGCUGACGCCGCAGAUCGCGGGCCGACCGCCGGAGGAGGGCAGGGGGCAGCCGCUCAAGCCUCUCAAGGCCGGCGACGGCCCCGACAAAGUGCCGCAGUUCCUGGUGCGCGACGUGAGGGACAGCAAGUACAGAGCCCAGGGCAUCCUCCACCAGGUGCGGGACGUGCGGAAGCUCAUCAAAAGCUCCUACAGCGCUGACUCGGGAGAUAACAGCAGCGACAAGGGCAGCGGCGCCUCCGAGCAAGGCGGCCCGGAGCAGAAGCCCCGGCAGCAGCUGGUCAUCGCCGGUGUCCCCCGCUCGCUCUCCCCCGUGGUCAUCACCUGCCAGGCGGUCGGCCACACCGGCACCAAGCCCACCGAGGCGGGGGCCAAGGCGGCGGGCAGGGCGCCCGCCUGCCCCCCGGAGGGCACCGUGCUGGUGCACCGCACCUCGGGCAGGCUGCCAGUGGCCACCAUCGCCCCCAACAAGAGCGAUGCUCGCCAGCCGGCUGUACUCAAGAUCGUUUCCAAAUCCUCCGCGCCCUGGCGACACCAGCCGCCGCCGCCGCCGCCCCCCGAGAGGGGCUGGGGACCGGAGGAGGAGGCGAGGGAGGAGAGCAAGGCAGCGCCGGUGCAGAACGCGCUGGAGAAGCUGACGGCGGCGGUGCGGAGCAUGGAGGAGCUCUACAGCUUCAACAAGCGCGAGUGGAAGCGCAAGAGCGACCCUCUGCCCAUCACCGACAGCCACGUCCUGUCCCUCAUCGCCAGCCAGGAGCGGGGCGCCGGCUCCCGACCCGCCGCCGCUGCCGCUCCGCCCCCGCCGCCGCCGCCGGACAAGGCGGAGGAGCCGUCGGGCAAGGGCCCGGGCGGAGAGCGGCUGCCCCGCCGCCCCUCCAACAGCGCCGCCGACAAGGUCUCGGCCAAGGCGGCCGCCUUCGAGAGCCUGGCCCGGCAGCGGCAGCGCGGCCCGCCGCCCCUGUACCGCCCGCCGCUGCCCUUCGCCGCCCUGCCCGGCGCCGCGCCGCCGCCGCUGCUCUGCUUCUCGCCCUCCGUGCCCGCCUCGGCCACUGCGGCCGAGCCCUUCCCGCAGACGCAGCGCAAGGUGCUGCUGGACGUGAGCACCGGGCAGUACUACCUGGUGGACACGCCUGUGCAGCAGCCCCUCAAGCGGCGCCUCUUCGACCCCGAGACCGGGCAGUACGUGGAGGUGCCGGUGCCCCAGCAGCCCGCCGUGGCUCCCGUCCCGCUGCCCCUGUCGCCCCUUGCCCUCAAUGCCGGCGCCUAUGGCGCCACGUACAUGCUGUACCCCGGGCUCCUGCCCGCCGCCGCCGUGCUGCCCGCCGGCGCCCUGCAGCGCCCGCUGUCCCACUCGGGCAGCGACGGCAGCGCCCCGGCAGAGCCCGGCAGCCCCGCCGCGCCAGAGGCGGCUUUUGCCGAGAGCCCCUACUACGUGGCUACCAGCAAGGGCCCGCCGCCGCCGCGGCACGGCGCAGCCGAGGCCAAGCCGGUCAUCAGCAUCACAGCGCCGGCCAGCGGGCCGCGGAUCGUCGCGCCGCCCUCCUUCGACGGCACCACCAUGCGCUUCGUGGUGGAGCACCGGUGAAGAGCGCGGGGAUAAGGAAGAAGAAUUGUGCUUCUUUAAUUUGAAAUACACUUGGUAACUCUUCAACAUUAAUCCUAAAAACUGCUUCUACAGUUUUCUCAAUUUUUUUGCUUCAUCAUACAAAACAAGCAUGUAAGUUUCUUGUUUUCUCCUAAUGCCCCCCUGUUUUGGAGUAUGCCUACAUUUAAUUAUGUGAGCAGCACUAAAUUACUGCAUUAUUUUGUGCAAAGUUCUUUUUGUACUGAAGCCGAUCUGCAGGCUUUAGCAUUGCCUCUGUGCUGGUAGCUAAUGGUAGUGAUGCCACUACAGCUGUUUGUAAAAUGCAGGGUGUGAAUGCAGCAGUGUUUCAGUGUGGAUCACCACACAGCUUCAUUCAGGUCCCUGGAAUGUGUUGUGAUGAUCCAGUGCAGCCCUGCAGCUCUCCAAAAACUAAAUAAAGCCCUCAGCUCUCUCCUCUUGCAGUAAAUGAGGGUCUUCCAUACAGGCUUUAGUCACAAUUUGCAAUCAGAUGGUUUUUUUGUACUCUCUACUUCUCACUUGGGAUUGCAAAGGAAGAGAGCUGUAGUGUUAAAUUUAUCCUUAGUGUUUAUUUUUUGCCAUGGUUCAAAACAGACUGUGUAAAUGUCAGAAAACACAUUUGAGUGCUUUUAUUUUUUGUUUGCUCCUCUGUACUGUGUUGAGUAUCACAAGUUGCCUUAAUUAGGACAGCGUUUAAAUACUGGGAAACCAGAAAUUGAAUGUAAUAUUUUAAAAUCCUGCUUCUAAAGGAGAGAAAGGCAUUUAUUUUCCUUUAAGACUGCAGUCUGUUCUUCCUUAAAUUGCAACAUUGUUGAAAACAUAAUCCUAGUCACUGCCCUUUAAAUGUUACAGCCUCAGUACUACGCAGUUUUUUCUUUAGCUGUUUGACAGGUUUAUCUGAGGGCUAAAAUUACAAUUUGCUAAGAAAAUACAUACCUUUUGAACAAAAAAAUGGACAAUAAGAUUACUGACAGUGCAGUGAUUUAUAUAUCGAACUCUGCUCAAACUGAUUCUUUUGUUACCAGCAACUAGUUUGUCUCAACAAAAGAGAAUUGUUACUAUGACAGUAAAACUAAAAGUCAAUAAUCUGUUCCCUGCCCAAAAUUUUGGUUUUGGGAAGCAAAUAAAUGUGAGACCAAACCUAAAUUAUAUAACAUAAAGCUUUCUUGAGGUAACAGAUUAGAAUUUUGAAGUCUAAAUACAAACCCCAAAAGUCUUUAUUUAAGCAUUUGCCCACAGGCAGGAUUUUUCUCCACCUGUUCUCAAGGCUUCCUACAGCUAGGAAAGUUUCCCAUUUUUAAAAUAAGCCCUGGGUUUUCAUUUUCCUGAGUAACUCACGAGGUAGUAACUCACAGAAAACUCAGGUAGAACUGUCUUUAACCACGUGUGUGAGAUUGUAUUUCAACGCAAUUUAUUUGUUUACAGGCACAAAUUGUAAUUGCCCUCAGGAUGAAAUGCACUACAAGUGUGCAGCUAGCAAGUGAUUUCUCAUGUACCUUCUCACUCAUUUUCAUCCUUGUGGAAACCCAGUGACUAUUCCAGCCCUUUCUGAAGAGCUUGGUGUGCCCAGCUAGAGCACAGAUGGUGUAAGGCUCGUCCCUGUGCUCUCCAGCUGCAUUAGAGCUUUACCUGCCCUCUGGGACGGGGCUGACUGCCUCUUAAAGGAGAUGAAUGCUUCUCCACCUUUCUCCUGACUGAUAGGUGUUGUGAUUAGAGUAUCAGCUCUAGACAGAACAGUACUUGGGACUGCAGGACAGUGCAGGUACCAGAGUGGAUGGCUCCCUGUGACAUACACGUUCAGUAUAAUACUAGCAUCCCUGUUCCACAGUGUUCCUGUCCUACCUUUUCCUAUACCGGUGCUCGGAGCGGAGUUUCCCGUUGCAGUUUACAAGAUAUAGGUUUGCACACACAGCCUCAGGUUUACAGUUUCACCCGGUGUACUUGAAAGGAAAACAAAAAAAAGCAUAAAAAACAACUGCCCAGGAUUUGAACAUGUAUUUGUUGGAGGUAAAUUUUGCAGGGUUUUUUUUCACUGCCUGUGGAGAUGAAAGCAAUGAAAUGAGGGAAUACCAACAGGUAUUUACUUUCUCAGGGGAGUUUACUUCAGUGGAAUGUGUCAAUCCUAAUGUCAAACAGUGUUUACUUGAUUUUGUCUAUUACUAAAAGGACUUCUUGUUUGCAUCAAGGGGUCAGUUUUGCAAGGUGCUUUGCUUCGCUAACCCAGCAAAGCCUUCACAUGCAUCUCCAACUUCAGACACUUAAGCAGAUUCCUGGGGACUUCAGUGGAAGGAUUUUUUUCCUUCACCCAUCUAUGCAAAGCUUUGCUGAACUCAUCCCAGAGUGCUGAAUGCCUUGCAGACCUGAGCACCAGGUUCUUCACUUUGCAGAACCCGAUCUCUGGGCUUGAGUCAAGCCGGACCCAGCAGAAAAUGCCACAAAAGGUCACCAGAAAAAAGCUCUGGUAAUAUGGUGCUCCUCCAUGUAUGCCCAGUGGUGAAUUUCUCCAGUGCAUGGGGUGAUGUGUAACCACAUAUCUUGGAUUAGAGUCAAGCCCUCCAUGUCAGGGCUCACAAGCUGCUAGUAUUAUAUGUUUCACAGUGCAGUCAUAGUAUGUUACAGCUGAAAUUCACCCCAUGUGCAAAGCAGGGCAAAUCCUGUGCAUCACUCAAGUUCCCUCCCACUCCUUUUGAGGGCUGCACCAGCCUACUGUCCAUGCAUUUUAGGUCAGGAUCCAAUUAAAAGUUUGAGGGGGACUGGAGUGAUGCACCAGAAUGUUGUUCUGGUCUUUUGCAACAGGGUUGGUUUCACUCAGUAUCAAAUUUAGCCCUUGGUGAAUCAACUGGUGAAUGAUUUGAAAUGUAUUUAUGGGUUGUGUGGGGUGUAUUUCCCCCUUGUCUGUAUUCAAUGCUACCUUUAUUCUUUAGUGUUGAUGGCCAAAGUGUCAUUCCUUAUGCUUAUAUAUUGCCAUUAACUUGUGGCUACCUGAGAACACAUACUUCAAAAAUGCUUGUGCUUUUUUUCACCUAUUUCUUUUUUUUUUUUUUUUUUUUUUUUUUUUUUUUUUCC